CGAUCAAUGACGAUUUGCAUUGUGUGUUAGCAUUAAGCUAGCAGACAUUAUUAAGCAAGUGUGUCGGUUAAUUACAAUAUUUAAUUCUCCUUUUGUUUAGUUAACACAAUUCAUCUGAGUCGCAAUAAACAGCAUUGAAGAGUUGAGUUCACUGCCACCAGCGCUCGUAACCCAAAAUUGUAUGCAUGUCAAAGAAAAAAAAUAAUCAGUUGACAGUUUAUAUCUCGAUAAAAACGCAUCAAUCUGGUCUCUUGUCCCUCAAAGCACCCUUUGACACGUUUCUUGCAGUCAACUGUAGUAUAUAAUUGACGGCACUUGUUGUUGUGUAUUUGCAAUCUUUUGGUUACCUUACGAAGGGGUCAAACAAUUGGAAUAGCUCCAGCAACGCUCAGUAUGACGCUAUGCACUUUUACACCACUGCAAAGUACAACCACAGUAAUAAACAUUCACAAAUAUACAGUUUGGUCUGUAUUAACACGUUAAAUAAAAUGUGAUAUGUAACGUCCACUUUGGAUUAUUGAGUGUGCCAAGCAACAUGGGGAUUAUAUUUCCUAACCGGCCCAUUCCCAAACAGAACAUGAGCCGCUGCCAUUACGUAAUAGUCAUUGACGUAACUCGAGUCUUGCGGGCUCGGGACAGCGAAGGCGCGCUCGCUUGGAAGCACCCGAGAGAGGGAGGACUCCAGGGGAGUGACUUGUCCACGGGCCGGCGGUCCGACCAACGGCACAACCACCGCCCUCCACGUCGUGUCCUGCCCUCCUUGUUGGAAUUACACGAUUGCUUUCAAUUCUAAAGCGGCCCGCGGCAAGUGGGGACUGGUCUAAACUAUGGCCGUCGCGUGCCGGAACUUGCUGUGACUACAGGAAGUGGUCUGCAAAUGGCAGCGCGUUUUUUUAAAACGUCUGCGUCGGGUUGGCCGCUAGAACAUCAGGCCUGACAGGUGUUCGCAGGGAAAGUGAUGGAUUAUGAACAAUGUGACGCGCCCCCUGCUGACAACUCCAUCAAAAGAGGAGCAGUGUCCAAGAAGACUCAUUUGACUCAGAUUGAAGUUAUCCCUUGCAAGAUCUGCGGUGAUAAGUCCUCUGGAGUUCAUUAUGGAGUCAUUACAUGUGAAGGCUGCAAGGGAUUUUUCCGACGUAGCCAGCUGCCCACGGUGUCCUACUCCUGUUCCAGGCAGAGUAACUGUACCAUCGACCGGUCCAGCCGCAAUCGCUGUCAGCACUGCCGUCUGCAAAAGUGCUUGGCCCUGGGCAUGAGCAAAGACGCUGUGAAGUUUGGUCGGAUGUCCAAGCACCAGCGGGACGCUCUCAUCGCUGAGGUUGAGCGUCACAGACUGCAGCAGCAGCAGCAGCAGCAGCUCCAAGUGGACGCCCACUCAGGCUUGUCCUACCACACCAAGGAGCGCCAAGACUGUUCCCCACAGCUCCUUCAGCCCAUGACUUCAGCCUAUACCUACUCGGGCGAUUCUGAGCCGUUGUCUUUCACUUCUGAUGCUCAUCCCUACCUACUGUACUCCUCCAACCAGCCGCAAGUGUCCGAUCUGAUUUACAGAAGCUCCGGCGUCUCGCCCUCAUCCAGAGCCCACCCGAGGGUAGACACCAGUGGACAUGCUGAUUUGAGAGGAUUGGAAUCCAGACCGUCCUCACAUGACCCAAUGGCAAUUCAUCCCUAUAAUCCACCCGAGGAUCCUCGCGGGUCCUAUCCUCACUCUCUGCGCACUAUAGAUGAGCUAUGUGACAGCAUCGUGCGCUCCAACAAAGACACCUGCCAGUACCGAGCAGAGGAGCUGCAGGCGCUCAAGUGGAAAAUGUUCAGCAGGGAGGAGAUCCAAGCCUACCAGAGCAAAUCAGUGGAUGAGAUGUGGCAGCACUGUGCCAUCCGGCUGACCGAUGCCGUGCAGUACGUUGUGGAGUUCGCAAAACACAUCCCCGGAUUCCGUUUCCUCAGUCAGAACGACCAGAUCGCCCUUCUCAAAACCGGUUCUUUGGAGGUUGUUCUGGUGAGGAUGAGCCGCUUGUUCAACACAGAGAACAACACCGUCUUCUUUGAUGGCAAAUUUGCAGGAACUGAAGUCUUCAAGUCUUUGGCAUGUGGCGACUUAAUAACCGCGGUGUUCGACUUUGCUCACAGCGUGUGUGCUUUAAGGCUCACCGAUCAGCAGGUGGCUCUCUUCAGCGCUCUGGUCUUGAUCAAUGCAGAACGUCCAUGUCUGGAAGACAGAGGAAGGGUGCAGCGUGUGCAAAGAAGUGUGGCGUUAGGUCUCACGCACAUUCUACACAAAGACAACCGGGACAGUCUAAUGCACAAGCUGUACCAGAGGAUGUCCGUGUUACGUUCACUCUGCAGUCUACAUAUGGAGAAGCUGCGCUGGUUCAGUCAGCGUUACCCGCUCACCGCCAACUCUCUUUUCCCGCCGCUCUACAAAGAGCUGUUUGCUUCCGAGGCAGAAUUGAUGCUGCUGCCGGGAACCACACACUGAGAGCGCGUAUACACGUGCACACGUACACACGUACACACGCACACACACGCACACACACACACACACACACACACACACGUUUUGUGAGAUCCAAUACAAUAUCACUGUAUCAUGAACUAUGCAAAUAUAGUACAUGUGGCUCAGGUUACAACCUGGGUUGGUCGACAGUCAAUUGCAGGGCAGGCAUAGAAAAAUAGCCAUUCACACUCACAUGUUUGAACAAUUUUGGGUCUUCAAUUAACAUAACACACAUGUUUUAGGAAGUAGGAGGAUGCUGGAUUAAGCUCGACAAAACCCACACAAACACAGCAAGGACGUCACACAGGAAGGCCGGAGCCGGGAUUCGAACACCUCAGAACUGUGAGGCGCACGCGCUAACCACAGGCUGCUCUCAAACUUUCAUAUUUCUGCAAAAAGUGUCCGGCGGUUCUGUUUUCUCAAAUUCCCAUUGUAGCAUUAUUUUUAAAAUAGAAAUGCCUGACAUAUUAUUUUAUUUAGCUUUUUUUAUAGCCACUCAGCAAAGCAAAAUCAUUCAAAUGCAGCUAAGAGUCUUGGACUUCCGCUAACAUCUCAUGUGAAACUGAGCUCCUCCCUGACAAAGUUUAGUCAGAAUGCAUCACUCAAACAUGACAUACUAGUUUCUACUUUCCUAUUAGCCAGUGCAUUGGCACCGUCUUUUGGCAUUUUAGGACAUCACAGAAAGAGCAGAAAAACGGCAAAUAAGGAUACAUAGUAUUUUUUCAACUUUACAACAGAGAAAAUUAAAUCUGCUGAUAUUUUUGCCAUUUGGGGGUUGGGGG